CUCCUCUACAUACCCAGCCGACGGGCGGAUGUGACGUUUCGGGCCGCUAGGUUGCUGCGCAGUUCUCUGGAAGAGAGAGAGAGAGCGAGAGAGAGAAAGAUACGGGAAGGCGCAGGCAGGAAGGGCUCGUAGUUGUGGUAGCGGCAGCUCCAGGCGGCACUAACACACACGUACACCUCGCCCAGGCUCGGCACCCUCCCGCCUCAGGCCCCGAGAGCGAGAGAGCGACAGCCGGGCCGGGGCCGCCGCCGCGACGAAGCGCCGCAGUCUGUUGUCGAAAUCAUGAAUCCUGUUUAUAGUCCUGGAUCAUCUGGGGUUCCCUAUGCAAAUGCCAAAGGAAUUGGUUAUCCAGCUGGAUUCCCAAUGGGCUAUGCAGCUGCUGCUCCUGCCUAUUCUCCAAAUAUGUACCCUGCAGCAAAUCCUACAUUCCAAACAGGUUAUACACCAGGCACACCAUAUAAAGUCUCCUGUUCACCUACCAGUGGUGCAGUGCCUCCCUAUUCUUCAUCACCCAACCCCUAUCAGACUGCAGUGUAUCCGGUUCGAAGUGCCUAUCCACAGCAGAAUCCAUAUGCACAGCAAGGCACUUAUUACACACAGCCUUUAUAUGCAGCACCACCCCACGUAAUUCAUCACACUACAGUUGUGCAACCCAAUGGAAUGCCAGCAACUAUGUACCCAGCACCAAUUCCGCCCCCCAGAGGAAAUGGUGUCACUAUGGGAAUGGUGGCUGGGACCACAAUGGCAAUGUCAGCAGGUACCUUGUUGACAACGCAUUCCCCAACUCCUGUAGCCCCACACCCAGUUACAAUGCCCACCUAUCGGGCCCCAGGAACACCAACCUAUAGCUACGUGCCCCCACAGUGGUGAUUACCACACAGUGUUUGAAGAUGGGAGAUAUGCAAUCAAGUAACUGAGGUUUAAAAGUUGGUGCUGAAGCCCUCAUGCCUCCAACCAGGACUUAAUUCUUCUGAAUGCUUGCAAUCCUUUGCUAAACACUAAUUCCACAUCACUGAAGAUUUCCCAGUGCUGCAUAUCUUACAUCUUGGAACUCCAGCAGUUAGUCUUAAAGCAAAUCCUGUUUUGUGGACUGUCUUGCAAUUUUUAGCUCAUUAUAAUGAUUAAAGGGAGUAUAAAUUUAUUGAUCAUAUCUAGUUGAAUGCAUGUCUAAGAACACACAAAGCUUGCUCAAUCUACCUGCUGUGACUGAUGCAAAAAAAAAAAAGUCAUAUGCAAAAUCCAAAGGAGCCGAUAAGUAUUUUACAAUUUGUAUCACUAAAUGCACUGUUGUAAUGUAUGCA